UGCCUCACGAAGCAUCCCUCCCACUGCCUCUCUCGCUCAUCCCUCCAAACCCACCCAGCCCAUCUUCACAUCUCCCGCAAAGAUGGCCGAAUCAACAAUCGUCUCCGACACCGCCAAGCUUCAAAAAUACCUCUCCCUCCCUCAGCGCGGCAAGGUGAUCGCGGAAUACGUGUGGAUCGACUCGUCCAAUGGCGUCCGCUCAAAAUGCAAGACCCUCGACAAGCCCGUCACCAGCCUGAAAGAGCUGCCCGAAUGGAACUUCGAUGGCUCCUCCACCGGCCAAGCCCCUGGCGACAACUCCGAUGUCUUCCUCCGCCCCGUCGCCUACUUCCCCGAUCCCUUCCGCCUUGGCGACAACAUCCUCGUCCUCGCUGAGUGCUGGAUGUCGGACGGCAAGCCCAACCAGUACAACUCUCGCCACGAUGCCAACAAGCUCAUGUCCAAGCACGCCGCGCACAAGUUCUGGUUCGGUCUCGAGCAGGAGUACACCUUCCUCGACUCCACCAGCUGGCCCUACGGCUGGCCCAAGAACGGCUUCCCCGCUCCCCAGGGCCCCUACUACUGCGGCAACGGCACCGGCAAGGUCGUCUGCCGAGACAUUGUCGAGGCGCACUACCGCGCCUGCCUCUUCGCCGGCAUCAACAUCUCCGGCACCAACGCCGAGGUCAUGCCCGCCCAGUGGGAGUACCAGGUCGGCCCCUGCGAGGGCAUCGACCUCGGUGACCAGCUGUGGAUGUCGCGCUUCCUCCUCCACCGUGUCGCUGAGGAGUUUGGCGCCAAGGUCUCCUUCAGCCCCAAGCCCAUUCCCGGCGACUGGAACGGCGCCGGUCUUCACACCAACGUCAGCACCAAGGAGAUGCGUGCGGACGGCGGCAUGAAGCACAUUGAGAAGGCCAUGGAGGCCCUCUCCAAACGCCAUAAGGAGCACAUGAAGGUCUACGGCGAGGGCAACGAGGCGCGUAUGACUGGUGGUCACGAGACAGCCGCCUUCGACAAGUUCUCCUGGGGCAUUGCCGACCGUGGCUCGUCCGUGCGUGUCAAUCGUGCAUGCGCCGAGGAGGGCAAGGGAUACUUUGAGGACCGGAGACCGGCCUCCAAUGCCGAUCCUUACCAGAUCACCGGCAUGAUUGUCGAGACUCUCUGCGGCAAGGUCGAAGGCACCGACAUGUACACCACCGCCACCCAGGCCGAGGCCCAAGUGCAAGACAUGCCCGUCAUCCAAUCGAAGCCGUAGAAGACGUACAGUUCGAGACAUAGACGGAGGGGGAUUGGAGAGGGGGAAGGAGUGCAAUGACCGUUAUGAUACCUUUCUGUGUGCGUGUCUGAUGUUGUACCACGCUGCAAUGGAUCCGAGCAACAUACCUAGCGCUCCACCGCGCCCAAGAGGGCCAAGUAUGUAAAUAUUCUGUAUUCUUGGUUGACUAUUGGCUCGCCAGCCAAGUCUAGUGAUUAGCAUGUCAAUCACCACAUGCCCUUCCUUGCACC